GAUUUGUCCCCAACUCCCCGUCACAAUAUACUUUUCUCCACCAACACUAAAAUGUUUGGAGCCUAGGAUGUUAUUUAGUUAAUAUGUUUUGAAGACUUUCCAUUUGCAUAAUUAUUCAUAAUGACUUUUUGCAUUUGUUAAUUCAACCUUCUUAGAUCCCCUUAGUUUAAAAAAAUCACAAAAUUACUGUGAUUUCAUCAAACUCAUCAUCAAUCCAAACAUAUAAUAAAUGGAUUUAGUACCCUUUUUAAGUGAAUAAAUGGAGUGUCCGGGGUUUGGACUCUGGCUCCCUAAUAUAUAAAAUGUCAUGUCUCUAUCAACUGAGUUAUGCACAUGGGACGGCCAAAUUAUGUAUUUAGUUCUAGUAAAAUAAAAACUCAAGAAACAAACAAUUCUAUUUGCAGAGAUGAACAUACUGGUGCAAACCUUUCACCAAAAGAAGAUGCUUCCUUUCAAAUACUCUGUAAUUCACUCUAUUACCUUUUCCUUCUUCAGCUUCAUAAUUUUCACAACCGAAGCAUCUCCAAUUUACAAUUCUCAUGUCUGCACAAACUCUUCCAAAGACCAACCAAACACCAAUUUCCAAACCAAUCUCAACCUCCUCUUCUCUUCCCUUUCUUCAAACGCUACCAACGGCAACCAUUUCUACCAAACAACAGUCGCAAGUGAAACCCCCAACGCCGUCAAAGGCCUCUUCCUCUGUCGUGGCGACACCGUCACCACCACCUGCCAUGACUGCGUAACCGCCGCAUCAACAGAUCUAAAACGCCGUUGCAGUGUCAAUAAAGAGGCUAUAAUCUGGUACGACGUAUGCACAGUACGCUACUCCAACAAUUAUCUCAACAACAUAGUUCCAAGCGUUGAUCUAUCUGAUUCGAAGUCGGUUACUUCUGAAGAACGCAACCGUUUCAACGAGUUACUAGCUCGGUUGUUAAAUAUUCUUGCAACGAACGCUGCAAAUUCUGAUAAAGAAAAAUUCGCGACAGGGAAAGUGAACUUCACGCGCUCAGUGAAAAUUUACGGAUUAGUUGAGUGUGUUCCGGAAUUAUCGUUAUUUGAUUGUAAUAUGUGUUUGAGAAGUGCUAUUGCAUCGGUUCCGAAUUGUUGUGAUGGGAAACAAGGUGCGAGAGUUUUGUUACCGGCGUGUAAUAUAAGAUAUGAGUUGUACUUGUUUUAUAAUAAUAGUACUACUGAGUUGAUUACCGGUCCGGUUCAGUCUCGGCGAUCGGGACGGUGUCGUUUUGAAGUUGUUCUUGCUUUUGUUGUACCUAUUGUUGCUGUAAUGGUGUUUUUGGGUUUUGGAAUGUGGUCUGUUAUGAGAAAACGAGCGACGAGUGUGGUAUGGAGGAAAACGGAUUUUGAUGAGAUAUAGAUGAGAUUGAAGGUAUAUGAGAUAAUUCUGAUUGACGCGCGGGAAUUUUCUGGAGGCAAAACGAAUUGCUAGUGUCUAUGUGAAGACAUUUGUUCAUCCAUCUUAGUAGAUUUGUUUGAUCGAUUCUCUUGGUACUACUACUAAUACUAAUGGUGGAAACUUGAAACAAAUUUGUACAUAAUAUAACAUUUAUCUCACAUGUGUACUGUACUACUAAAUAAUAUAACUUUCACUUUUAAUCUAAAUCAAGAAUAAUUCAAAA